CAAAAACCCUAAUUCUGAAUCCUCCUGCAAAUGCCUUAACCCCCGGAACUUGGAUCAACUCUUCGGUCACCUGGUCGUAGAGCUUUCUCUCUCUUCUGGAUUUGAUUUUGGGUUUGUUUCAUAAGGCUGAAUCAGAGAGAUGGUGUGGUUUCAGUGCGAGGAUUGCGGAGACAACCUCAAGAAACCCAAGGUUUUGGGUCACUUUAACUGCUGCUCGGCUCGAAAGCUUUCGUGCAUUGAUUGCGGAGAGACAUUUGGGAGAGACACCGUUCAAGGUCACACACAAUGUAUGACUGAGGCGGAAAAAUACGGUCCCAAGGGGGCACAAGGGAAACCUUUGAAUGGUGGGGGAGCCAAGCCCAACAACAACAAGGAUGGAAAGCAGCAACCCGAUUUUGAUAUUACUGUCGGGCUGACUAAGCGAUUUCCAUGGUUUUGUAGUAUUUGCAACACUAAAGCCACUAGUGAGCAGACCCUGCUGCUGCAUGCUGAAGGAAAGAAGCACAGGGCAAAAGCCCGAGCCAUCCAUGCAGGAAAGCAACAGCCUAAGCAGCCGGAAGAAUCUGUUCCGGAUACUGAACCUCCACCCAAGGACACUCCCAAGGGUGAAGUUCUUGAGAAUAAACAAAUAGAAGAACCUAAAUCGCAUGAUGCGUCUAGAGUCAAUUCCGAACAUCAAAGUCCUGAAGCAGAGAAUUACACCUUGCUGAAAAAUAAAAAGAGAAAGCUUGAUGCAUCCAAGAACGAUGAAUCGAGAAAGAAGACUAAGGAUAAUACAUCAGAUGAAGUAGGAAAUGGCAAAGUGGUUCAGAGUGGGAAGACAGAAGCAAAUAGGAGAGAGGGAGAACUCACUACGAAAAUAAAGUGGAAGAAGUUGAUUACAUCAACCCUAAAAUCGAAUGACGGAGUCCUGAAGAUGAGGAAAUUGAAAAAACUUGUGCUGAAGGCUCUUGAAGAAUCCGGCAUAACAGAUGACGAAACCAAACUGAGUACUAAGCUUGAGCACAAGAUCAAUUCGAGCUCCAAAUUUAGAGUCGACAACAAGUAUGUUCAUUUGGCUGCCAAGGAUUAAAGUGCGUCAGUUUGAAGCGGAGUGUGACUCACUUCAGCGUAGUAUAUUGUCCUUUGAAGCCUUAUCCCUUCAUUCAAAUUCAGAUUCGAACGCCGAGUUACAAGUAUAGGACGCGGGGGAGCUUAGGUUACAUCUACGUUUUCUGAUCAUUUCUUCCGUUUGAAGAGUUUUCGGAAGAAAUAUCCUUGUCAUUAAUUCUUCAAUUCUCUAUGAAUGAGACAUUGUAACGAUUGUCCCGUAGUAAAAGAUGCAUUCUUAA